AAUGAGCCUAUUACGCAGACUAGACCAGGCUCGAAUCUGGCGCCGUCACCUUCUGUAAAAGGCGCUGAAGGAUCAUCGGUGAACGUGAAAGGAUCAGGUAAACAGUCAGGUGGUGGACGAAAGCCAACCGGUGGUGCAGUGAAAAUUGCAAAGCCUCAGCCAAUUGCGCCGGCAGGUUUGGUGCCUGUUGGCGCCCCGGUACCGAUGAUGUUGAUGUCCACGACGGUGCCACAGCUGGGCUCAUUCACUGGGCCUGCUGCAGUACCAUUCAUGGGACCAAAUGGCCAAAUCAUACAUCAGCAGUUAAUUUCUACUUCUUCAGUUCCAGCGCAUCAAAUGAUACCAGUUUUCCAGCAACAGCAGCAACAAAAUGCUGCGCCGCAGUUUGCUGUCUCUCAGCCCGUGGCGCCAAAUUCAGCUCCAGAAACAACGGACCGAGACUCGCAGAAAACGCAGCUUGACGACGAAAAUGGACUUGUUGAUUCCGGUAUAGAAAAUGAGCCACCACCUCUUCUUGUGCAAGAAUUUAUACUGAAAGUGAUUUCAACUGAAACAGGGGAAACAAAAGACGCGUUGGAUGUCCACAUGCUGUUUAUAAGAGAGGCCGAGAGAUACUAUCAGAAGGCGGGGAAGAAAGGCAAAAUCGUUCAUAUAAUCGAAGGAUUCGAAAUUGAGGAAUCUGACGAACCAUUCCCCUGUGAACCGCCCAUCCGUUUGAGUGAUUGGAUCACUUCUGAAGCAGAGCUAAAAGAAGGGACGCCAGAUGAGGAAGAAGAGCAAAAAGAAGUAGCAGCAGAAGCAGUAGCAGCAGCAGCAGCACCACUACCACCACCACCACAAUCACCACAACCACCACCACCGCCGCCGCCGCCGCAGCCGGAUUCAUGUAUGUCGAAAUUUAAGUCGUAA